CGCAGCGCCGACGCAACGGCGAUGCGGCGGCGAUGCGGCGAGAUCCUCGGACCACAGCUGCUCGGACCCCCUCCUGGGAUGCCUCCACCGAGGGGGGGGGGGAGGGCCCUGCCGAGGCGGCCUCAGCACCCGCAGCAGCAGGCGGAGUCGCGGCAGACGCUCCUGGAGAACGGCUACCGCCUGAAGCCGCAGCUCCAUCAGUCGAUGGGGCAGUGGCUCCCGGUGUCGGAGGAGGAGCUGGCAGCGCCUGUGCCGGCCCACGGCAGGCGCCCGCAGAAUCCACCCCGUGCGCACGAGCCCCGGCUGCAGCAAGGCGCUCUGUAUCGACAAGGGCCUCCGUACCCAAGCUCUCAGGACCGCUCGCAGACCCACGCUGCAGGAGCCUGGCCCGAUUGCCCCAACAGCGUGAACGCCGUGCCGGUCUGGGCGACGUCCCUGGACCAGCCCGUCGAGGAGCCGCUCCUCUCGCUCCCCACGCCGCUGCUCGGUCUUCGCUCGGAGGCCAAGAAGCCCUC